AUGAAUGGAAUUAACACACCCUCCUCAACUGGAGAUUCUCCCCUCUGUGAUCUACGCAGUGAACACAGAUCAAACAGUAUUCACACCCUAUUGUCCGCUUUACUCCUUCACACAGCUGACAUGUGGGACGACUCGGAUGGUUCACAAAUGCCCGAAUGGGUGAAAACGGAACGGCAACAGUUCCACGAAGUACGGGAUAAAAAUCACGAUGGCUUUUUGGACAGACAGGAGGUCACUGACUGGCUCUUCCCCAGCGAUUACAAUCACAUUGACUCGGAGGCCAAACACCUCAUCGCGGAGGCCGAUGAUGACAAGGACGGAAAACUCUCUAAAUCAGAGAUUGUUUCUCACUACGAUCUCUUUGUGGGCAGUCAGGCCACCGAUUUCGGUCAGGCUCUUCGGCCGCACGAGGAGCUGUAA